AUGAGGACGACAAAGGCGACAAAGGCGACAAUAACCAAAAAGCCCACCAGCAACACGAUGAUCCCGAACAGAAUAUUGAAGGAUGAGUUGCCUGAAGAAGAGGAGAGAAAGAUGAAGAUCAGGAGGUUUGAUUUCACACGAUAUCACUCUCACAGGUGGAGCUGUGACUCAUCAGGAAACAACUCACCUGAGUUCUUCUCCGUCAACUCUUCUGACUGUUUGAAGAAACUAGCGACCGGUCACAGGGACGCUCUAUUAACUUUAAAGGAGAGCAACCCUCUCCUGAAAAGAGGAUCCAUCAAAGACCAGACUCUGCUGAACCUGAACCCAGCUGUGUGUCCUUCAAGAGUGACCGGUCAUAUCAAUACUUCAUGGAUUUUAAAGGUCAACAACCCUCUGCUGAAAAGAGGGGGAUGGUUCGGAUGUAUGAGAGAUGCAGAGUGCCCUUUCCAGGGUAACUUCAUCUGCACAUCCCCCCUGGAGAACCAGCGACUCUUGCUGCUGGAGGAGAACAUCUGUACUUUUGUGAAGAAUGAGCUGAAGAAGAUCCAGAAGUUUCUGAAGAUCACACUGCACUUCCUGAAGAGAAUGAAGCAGGAGGAGCUGGCUGACCGUCUGCAGAAUUUUUUAUUAUGUAUUCAUUCAGGAAGUUCUGCUGGAGUUUGUAAAUGUAAACUCAAGACUAACCUAAACAAGAAGUUCCAGAGUGUGUUUGAGGGGAUUGCUAAAGCAGGAAACCCAACCCUUCUGAAUCAGAUGUUCACCGAGAUCUACAUCAUGGAGGGAGGGACUGCAGAGGUCAAUGAUGAACAUGAGGUCAGACAGAUUGAAACAGCUUCCAGAACACCAAACAGACCAGAAACAACAAUCAGAAGAGAAGACAUCUUUAAAGCCCCACCUGGAAGAGAUGAACCAAUCAGAACAGUGAUGACUAAGGGAGUGGCUGGCAUCGGGAAAACAGUCUUAACACAGAAGUUCACUCUGGACUGGGCUGAAGGCAAAGUUAACCAGGACAUCCAGUUCAUAUUUCCUUUCACUUUCAGAGAGCUGAAUGUGCUUAAAGAGAGAAAGUACAGCUUGGUGGAACUUGUUGAUCACUUCUUCAGUGAAACCAAAGAAGCAGGAAUCUGCAGGUUUGAAGAGUUCCAGGUUGUCUUUAUCUUUGACGGUCUGGAUGAGUGUCGACUUCCUCUGGACUUCCUCAACACUGAGAUCCUGACUGAUGUUACAGAGUCCACCUCAGUGGAUGUGCUGCUGACAAACCUCAUCAGAGGGAAUCUGCUUCCCUCUGCUUGCCUCUGGAUAACCACACGGCCUGCAGCAGCCAAUCAGAUCCCUGCUGAGUGUGUUGACAUGGUGACAGAGGUCAGAGGGUUCACUUACCAACAGAAGGAGGAGUACUUCAGGAAGCGAUCCAAUGACAAGAAGCAGGAAAGCAGAAUCAUCUACCACAUCAAGACAUCACGAAGCCUUCACAUCAUGUGCCACAUCCCAGUCUUCUGCUGGAUCACUGCUACAGUUCUGGAGGACAUGUUGAAGACCAGAGAGGGAGGAGAGCUGCCCAAGACCCUUACUGAGAUGUACAUCCACUUUCUGGUGGUUCAGUCCAAACUGAAGAACAUAAAAUAUGGUGGAGGAGCUGGGACCGAUUCAAACUGGAAUGAAGAGACAAAGAAGAUGAUUGAGUCUCUGGGAAAACUGGCUUUUGAGCAGCUGCAGAAAGGCAACCUGAUCUUCUAUGAAUCAGACCUGACAAAGUGUGGUAUCGAUAUCAGAUCAGCCUCAGUGUACUCAGGAGUGUUCACACAGAUCUUUAAAGAGGAGAGAGGACUGUACCAGGACAAGGUGUUCUGCUUCGUCCAUCUGAGUCUUCAGGAGUUUCUGGCUGCUCUUCAUGUCCAUCUGACAUUCAUCAACUCUGGAGUCAACCUGCUGUCAGAAGAACAAACAACAUCGUGGUGGUCUGAAGUGUUCAGAGACAAAUCAACACGUUUCUACCAGAGUGCUGUGGACAAGGCCUUACAGAGUCCAAAUGGACACCUGGACUUGUUCCUUCGCUUCCUCCUGGGUCUUUCUCUGCAGACCAAUCAGAAUCUCCUACGAGGCCUGAUGACACAGACAGGAAGUAGCUCAGAGACCAAUCAGAAAACAGUCAAGUACAUCAAGACAAAGAUCAGUGAGAAUCUGUCUGCAGAGAGAAGCAUCAAUCUGUUCCACUGUCUGAAUGAACUGGAUGAUCGUUCUCUAGUGGAGGAGAUCCAACAAUACCUGAGUUCAGGAAGUCUCUCCACAGAUGAACUGUCUCCUGCUCAGUGGUCAGCUCUGGUCUUCAUCUUACUGUCCUCAGAAAAAGAUCUGGACGUGUUUGACCUGAAGAAAUACUCCGCUUCAGAGGAGGCUCUUCUGAGGCUGCUGCCAGUGGUCAAAGCCUCCAACAAAGCUCUGUAA